GGAGAGUAAAAAAUGCACUCCCUGUAUUAAUCAAACUUAAAGAAGGAAGACAACCAGUUAGAAUUAAACAAUACCCUCUGAAAAAGGAAGAUAGGGAAGGAAUUAGUCCCAUAGUAGAAAACUUGCAGUUAGGCUCGUUAAAAGACUGCCCAUCUGAGUUCAAUACUCCCAUUUUGCCAGUCCGAAAAUCUGAUGGGUCAUACCGGAUAGUACAAGAUCGAAGGGCUGUUAACAAAAUAACUGAGGAUCUCUAUCCUGUAGUCACAAAUCCAUACACUCUGCUAAUGUGCCUGACACCCGAGCUAACUUGGUUUACUGUUUUAGACUUGAAAGAUGCCUUCUUUUGCCUUCCUACCCAUGAGGACAGCCAGAAAAUUUUUGCAUUUCAAUGGAAAAACCCCAAAAGCGGGCACAAAUCCCAGCUCACUUGGACUGUGUUGACUCAAGGAUUUAAAAACUCUCCUACUCUGUUUGGGAAACAACUUGCCAAGGAUCUGGAAUCCUCCCCCAGAAGAAGGAAAACUACUGCACGGGAACAGAGAACUCCAGUGGACAAAAGAGGCCACACAAGCCUUCCACCAGCUGAAGAACAGCCUAAUGUCGGCUCCAGUGCUCAGACUCCCGAUGUAAGUAAACCGUUCUUCCGGUUUUCCCAUGAGAAGCAAGGAAUUGCCCUGGGAAUACUGGCCCAGGACUUGGGUCCUGGGAAUCAAGGGGAGCUGGUGCACCACGACUGCCUGGAGACCAUCGAAGCUUCCUACUCCAGCCGCCCUGACCUGAAAGACACCCCGCUGGAUGAUGCAGAAACCCGGUUCACUGAUGGGAGCAGCUACAUCAUCAGUGGAAAGCGACAGGCUGGGAGCUCCCGACCGGACGGGCAUGGCUUCGGGCACGACUGCCCGCGGCGCGCAGGAACCGAAGAGCGGCCCCCGGCCCAGAUCCCGCCCGAGGGUCUCCCGCUACCGGCCCUACUGUCCCCCGGCCCGGGCGGACCCCCGUUCCCGGCAGCGCCCGGGCGAGCCGCCUUCCCCGCGCCGGCCCCGCAGGAGCGACGGGAGAUGCUGCCCAAAGCGGAGUCCAGUGACCACAUCGCGGCCUGGGCGGGCCCCGCCGUUCCCCGCGCCCCUAUGCUGCCCAAGGCCGUGUCCAGCGAGUUCCUCGCCGGCGGGUGGGCGGACCUGACCCCCCGAGCGGAGCUGGGCGAGCUGCCCGUCGUCUCCCGGCCCCUCGGCCAGCUCGGCCCCGGCGACGUCUGCGAUCCGCUGCCGGACUGUCCCGGGCGGGCCCCGGAGGACGGCGCGUUCCGGUGA